ACACACGGUGCUGUAGUAACCUUUGGUGUCAUUUUUCGUAAGUAUUUUAUCUACUGCUGGCCAUCUUUCCCGUUUCGCCACAGACACGGUUCGUUGCACGACGGCCGCUCACCUGGCUCUGAUGGUGCCCAAGAACGUGUCCUUCUACCCCGGCAACGAUGAGCGCUUUGAUGACGGACACAUCGACGUGUGGUGGAUAGUCCAUGAUGGAGGCAUGCUCACGCUGCUGCCAUUCCUUCUCAAACAGCACAAGGUGAGAAUCCACUUUAAAACCGGCCACUUCAAAGCUGACACAUCAACAUAUUUAUUUUCUCGUUUGCUUGAAGGUUUGGAGAAAGUGCAAGACGCGGAUUUUCACCGUGGCCCAAAUGGAUGACAACAGCAUUCAGAUGAAAGAAGACCUGGCUGUGUUCCUCUACCACUUGCGAAUAGAGGCAGAGGUGGAGGUUGUAGAAAUGCACAACAGUGAUAUCUCAGCGUACACAUACGAGAGAACCUUAAUGAUGGAGCAGAGAUCUCAAAUGCUAAGGCAAAUGAGGCUCUCCAGUGCUGAGAGAGACAGGGAGGCUCAGCUUGUCAAGGACAGACACUCUAUGGUCCACCUAGGAGGCUACACAGACAAGGAGCUGUUGGAGCAACCAGAGGAGAUAACGCAGAUGACAUGGACCAGGGACGACCACAGCACAGAGAGGGGAAACGGAAACAAGGGGCCUGAGAGCUUCUGCAAGCUUAUCAGGGUCAAGCCGUAGGUCCAAAAAGCUAAGCCACUCACUUUCAAGUUGAUCAUCUCAUACCCCAUCUUUGUGCUGAAAAUAUUAGACCACUAUCUACACUCUGCGGAGCUGACUACCUAUCAGGAUGCAGGUUCUUUUUCUGGUGCACUCACUGAAAAUUCAGUCCCUGUACACUCCGAGCGAGAGCUGUGUUUGCAAUCUUGGCAUUAAUCAAGCUCAUUCAACGUGGGUGUUAGGCUCUGCCUUUGUCUCCCCUCCAGGUCCACGUAUUCAUGGACAGGAUCUCAAGGCGCAGC